AUGGAAUUUAUUAAGCACGUAAUUGGACAAGAAACUGUAUAUAUUUCGAAGUUAGAACCCGUAAAUAGUAAUUACGUGCUUAUCGGUUUCAAGGAUUCACUGCCCGUUUUAAGCAGUAGCAUAAUGGAAUCUAAACCAAUGCUUAAUGCAAAAACCGUAAAAAUUGAAGUUGGUAAUAAAGGAGAGAAAUAUAUAAUGUUAAAUGGAAAGAGAAUUAAAAUUCUGGCGAAAUCUGAAUUACCAAAAAACAGUCAAAUAAUCAAAAUAGCUACAGCUGUAAAAAAGAACAAGUUUCAGAUUAUUCCAAGUCAGUUAAAAAAUGAAUAUGAGAAGUUUAAUCUACCAAAUCUUUUACCUCGUCGUGUUCCAGAUAAGAAUAUUAUUAUGCCACAGUUAUCAUCAACAAAUCCAAUUGAAAACAUGGUUUUGAAAAUCCCCGUCAGUAAUUCAGAACCUAUCAAACCAAACACAACUGAUAAGCACAGUAUUGCUCCAGAUAAUAUAAAUUUAAAAAUGGUUCACACAGAGAAUACAAGUGGAAAUGGUAAAGCAAAGAAGAGAUUGGUGUUAAGUAAAAGUGUAAUUGAGAAUAGUGCACAAAGUAGUCAGUGUGGUGCUUUAGAUUUAACAAAAAGUCCAACUAUGAAGGCAGAUAAGGGUGUACAAACUGAAAUAAAAACAACAUGCAGUAUAGAUAUACAGACAGAGCCUCAGGAUGAUUUUGAGGCACUUUUAAAAAUGGAUUUAUCAUCUAUAUUAGAAGAUUCAAAUUUUAUGUCUCCUAUAGCUCAAAAAAGUAUUGAUGAAAAUUUGGAUGCUAGUAUUAUAGAUGAAGCAUUUAGUAAUUGCCCUAAAGUAUAUACACCUCUUACUACUUUUAAAAAUAAUAAUAAUAAUAGAACAGAAGAGACUUUUUUUAAAGAAUUACGUGCUGCACUGCAGGCUGAUGAUAAAGGAAAUAUGCCGAUACACGUUGGAGUUUUGACAGACAAUUUUAAAUUAGUGAAACGCAGCUGUUUUAUUUUAAAAAUUUUGAAUCAAAAUGUCGACAUACUUAACGAUGACGAUAUGACUGCCCUUCAAUUAGCAGUCCUAAAUAGUAGUUCGAUAAACAUUAUACAUCAUUUGUUACAAAAUGAUGCCCAAAUCGGUGUGUGCGAUUCAGAAGGUAAUACAGUCUUACAUUAUGCAGUACAACAGAGCAGAUCUGAACCACUCAAGUUACUCUUAAAUUAUACCCUUCAACAGAGGAUGAAUAUAGACCAACAUAAUAAUGAAGGACUCACGCCGUUAAUGAUAUCUUGCCUAAAUAGAGAUUAUGAUUCCGUAGAACUGUUGCUAGACUCUGAUGCUGAUCCAAAUGUUAAAGAUCAAAUUUCUGGCCGGACGGCCCUGUUUCACGCAGCUGAAUUAUAUGACGUUGCUAUGGUGGAACUUUUACUCCAAUUCAACGCGUGCACUAAAAUCAAAAACUUUUUCGGUACGAGUCCACACGAUGCCAUGUACGAGAUAGAUGAUAUGCCGGACGCGAUCAAAUUCAUCAUUCUAGGUAGAACGAACAAACGAAAAGCCGUUCUGGACGAGUACAAUAUACCAUCGAAGUUCUCGAGAAAAAGCGAGAAAGCCAAAAAUAGGAAAGUGUUAAAAACAUACGCGAGGCUGGAAAAAAUCCAAUGUCCGUAG